GUGACCGUGUCCUACCCAGUGAAGGUAGUCAUCUCAGACGAUUCGGGGAGGCAGUGGGUGAUUCCUGCAGAUCGCUCCUGGACAAUGCGGGAGGUGAGGAUGCAUCUCAUGGAGCAGUCAGGCUAUGCGCUGGAGGAGCAGACGCUGCAGCUACCCGCCCUGGGUCCCGAUGGCACCCUCCCGGUGCUCGAUGACCUGGAGGCGGAGCUACACAGUGUGGUCCCAGAAGGGCCGGAGGUCCACCUACAUCUCCUCAUCGAUUUCGGCAAAUUCAUGGACCGUGAAAUUCGUGAAGCACAGCAGAAGCCUAUGAGUGAGGAAAGUGAGGAGGAGUUUGCAGAGGUUGAGGAGGCACCGGCCUUGCGCGUGCCUUUCCCAUGGGAGUCGCCCAAGAAGCCCGGAAAGCGCAAGGCGAAGAUACCGAACGAGGAGAUUUGGAAGUAUCCUCCGCACUCCCUGGAUUUUACGGGACUGUUGGAUCGACACCCAAGGCAGGUGGAAUUCUCAGCGUUGUUGGCCGAUCCCCCCUGGAAGCCACGGGAGCCCCUGUCCGAGCCUUCACCAGACGACGGCGUCCAGGCGAAGUCCGGAAGUCCGAGGUGGGGCGUUUGGGAAGAAGAGGCAGAAGAGGAGGCAGACGAGGAGGUAGAGGAGGAGCAGUCAGAAGAGGCGGAGGAGGCAGAGGAGGAAGAGGAAGAAGAGGAAGAAGAGGCCGACGGCUCCGAUGGUAGCAGAGAGAGCUCGGAAGACCUGGGCAGCGAGACGGGCCUGGCGAGGGCGAUGGCUGGGGACUCAGAGCACCCUGGUCCAAAGUCCCACAAGGAAGGCACGAGGGAUCCGCGCGAAGAGAAAGAUGAGGCGCAGGAUCAGUUGGUGGCCGUGCCGGAACCGGGCUCUUCAAGGCGUCGGCGGGGUCCACAAGCCAAGGAGCAGAACGAGGUCGGUUCCACACCAUCAAACGACGAACGCCUCUCCUCUCAGGGCUCUGGUAGGCUGGCAUCCGAUGCGAGCCUGGGAAACACGGGACACAUCUCCCGCUCGCUGGUGCAGUGGGGCGGCUUUCAACGUCUCCGCGAUUCUGUGGUCCCGGGACCCGGAACCCUUAUCUUCGUGAACCCCAAGGAUCACCCGAGUGGCAAUGCCACCAAGCGCGCGUUGAGGCGCCAGAGGCUGCAGGACUCCCGCGCAGAACAUGCAGACGCGUGGUCGCAUGCGGCGAGCAGCAACCGAAUUCAAGCAGAGCUUCGCCAGGAGGUACUCCAGGAAAUCCGAAAAGCAGCAUCCGAAGCCGAGGAAUCCGCCCCUCUGGAGCCGGAGGAGGCCUCGGAGGAGGAGACCAAGGCUGGCAUGGCUCCCUGGGGCAACUUUACCUUCGACCCGGGUCAUCUUCAACGCCCUCCCUCGGAUCUACCGCGGGAAGCUUCCGUCCGCCCCUUUUGGCCUUAUCGGAAUCCUCAGCCUUUGGGGGCUCCGGUGCUGGCUUCGGCCAGUGCUCACUGGGGAGGUUUUGCAGUACAGUUCGCUGGACACGCAGACUCUCCAGAUGAGGAAGAGGAUGGGGACCACGAAACCGACACGACUUAG